UUUUUCUGCCCGGUGUGACUUGGCUUGAAGCGGUAUCGCUGUCCAUUAACUAUGUGUAAGUACCUCGCGACCUACCGCUCUUCCUCCUGUCCCUUCCUUCCUCCUUCUUGCCCUCUGCCUAGGUACUGCGAGCUCCCGUCGGCCAGGUACAUACAUCCCCUACCCUCCUACCUUUACCCCCCGAAUGUCGCGCAUCCCAUUGGCAUCCAUCCCCUCUUCUUUCUCCAAGUCGCCCACGAGCAAUUGGUUCGAAACCAUUGAAAAAUUGCCCGUUUGCCACCCUUCGAAAUGAGCGGUCCUGGCCAUCUUCUAGCCAACACGACUAUCCAUUGCGCCCUCGCCCCUCGUCGCGCCUGAAUUAGCCAUGGACAACGGUUCGGAGAACAAUAAUUUAACAAGCCCCACAGUCAACCUCAAAUCGCGCGACCAGCUCCGGCGCAUCGAAACCGGCAAGCUUAACAAUUCGCAAAACGGUUACGUUAACGGCAACGGCAACUCCAGCGCCCACCUCUCCAGCCUCGACGACAUGGACGGCGAGCAACGACCCCUCCUGGGGCACCACGUCGCCUCCGCCCUGCACGCCGAACCCGGUUUUUGGCGCCAUCUCCUCAUCAACAACGAGAGCACCCCCGGUACCAACAGCCCGAACCCCUUUGUCCGGUGGCCCGCGCUGGUGUGGAACGUGACCAAAGUCACUCUGUUCAGCUCGUGGAUCAACCUUCUUCUCGUUUUCGUACCCCUGGGCAUCAUCGCCGGCGAGCAGGAAUGGGGCGCCCCCUGGGUCUUCUCCCUCAACUUUUUCGCCAUCAUCCCGCUCGCUGCCGUUCUCUCGUUUGCGACAGAGGAAAUUGCGGGCCGAUUGGGUGAGACCCUCGGAGGGCUGGUGAAUGCGACCUUCGGAAAUGCCGUGGAACUCAUCGUCAGCAUUGUCGCAUUGCGCGCUGGAGAAAUUGAGGUCGUACAGUCGUCCAUGAUCGGAUCCAUUCUGUCCAACCUGCUCCUCGUUCUCGGCAUGUGUUUCUUCCUCGGCGGCGUUUACAACAUGCGUGGCGCCGAUGGCGACGGCCGUGAACAGACCUUCUCCGCGGCUACGGCUCAGACGACGUGCUCGCUCAUGACCCUCGCCUCGGCCUCCAUGAUCCUCCCGGCUGCGCUUUACGGCGUCCUCAACAAUGCCGACGAAGAGAACAAGAGGGCCAGCAUCCUGGUCCUCUCGCGCGGCACCUCCAUCGUCCUGCUGUUCCUCUACGUUCUGUACCUCUACUUCGCCCUUCGCACGCAUCAGAAGCUUUUCGAGCCCGAGGCUCAGCCCGACCAGGCCAAUCGCGAGGACGAGCAUGAGCCGUUGUUGGGCCCCUGGUCGGCCGGGAUCGUGCUGGUGGUUGUAACGCUGAUCAUCUCGAUGUGCGCCGACUAUAUGGUGGACAGCAUCGACGCGCUGGUGGCAACCGGCAAUAUCAGCAAAACGUUUAUCGGUCUGAUCCUGAUCCCCAUCGUCGGCAACGCGGCCGAGCACGUUACCGCAUGUGUGGUAGCUGUUAAGGACAAGAUGGACCUGGCCAUGGGCGUUGCCAUUGGAUCCAGCAUCCAGAUUGCGCUCCUCGUGACACCCGCGCUGGUCAUGCUCGGCUGGGCGAUUGGCCAGGACAUGACGCUCCACUUUGAGACAUUCGAAACCAUCGCUUUCGCCCUCUCUGUGCUGGUCGUCACCUACACUGUCCAAGACGGAAAAUCCAACUACCUCGAGGGCGCUAUGCUCCUCGGUCUCUACAUGAUCAUCGCCCUCGCCUUUUGGGCCAGCCCAGCCGAUGCCCUCGGCAAGGUCUAAUCUUCCACACAUCAACCCUUUCCUACCUCAAAAUAUCAACCAUUUCCUACUUC